GGCUCUGGCUCCGCUGCGGCUCCAGUGUCAGCGGCGGUGUCCGCUGGGAGGGCUCUGCGCCUCUUGUCCCGCGGGCGGCUGCCAGUGCGCUGCCCAGGACACCGGGCGCCGCCCGGACACACGUGGGCGACUCGGCGAUGGCCCGCGCCCCGCGACGUGGCGGGCAGGCACUGCGGUGCCGGACAGCUCGGCCCGAGUGAACCCGGGCCGCCCGGGAUGGCCGUGCUGCCGCUCCGGCGGGCGCUGCUGCUGUGGCAGCUGCUGGUGGUGGGCAGCGCGGCGCUGGAGAUCGGCCGCUUCGAUCCAGAGCGCGGGCGCGGGCCGGCGCCGUGCCAGGAGGUGGACAUCCCCAUGUGCCGGGGCAUCGGCUACAACCUGACCCGCAUGCCCAACCUGCUGGGCCACACGUCGCAGGGCGAGGCAGCGGCCGAGCUGGCCGAGUUCGCGCCGCUAGUGCAGUACGGUUGCCACAGCCACCUGCGCUUCUUCCUGUGCUCACUCUACGCGCCCAUGUGCACCGACCAGGUCUCGACGCCCAUCCCCGCCUGCCGGCCCAUGUGCGAGCAGGCCCGCCAGCGCUGCGCGCCCAUCAUGGAGCAGUUCAACUUUGGCUGGCCAGACUCGCUCGACUGCGCCCGGCUGCCCACGCGCAACGACCCCCACGCGCUUUGCAUGGAGGCGCCAGAGAACGCCACAGCCGGCCCCGCCGAGCCCCACAAGGGCCUGGGCAUGCUGCCUGUAGCUCCGCGGCCCGCGAGGCCCCCCGGCGACGCGAGCCCGGGCCCGAACGGCGGUGGCGGCACCUGUGAGAACCCGGAGAAAUUCCAGUACGUGGAGAAGAGCCGCUCCUGCGCGCCGCGCUGCGGGCCGGGCGUCGAAGUGUUCUGGUCGCGGCGAGACAAGGAUUUCGCGCUCAUCUGGAUGGCCGUGUGGUCGGCGCUGUGCUUCUUCUCCACCGCCUUCACCGUGCUCACCUUCCUGCUGGAGCCGCAUCGCUUUCAAUAUCCCGAACGCCCCAUCAUCUUCCUCUCCAUGUGCUACAAUGUCUACUCGCUGGCCUUCCUCAUCCGCGCGGUGGCUGGAGCCCAGAGCGUGGCCUGCGACCAGGAGGCGGGUGCGCUCUAUGUGAUCCAGGAGGGCCUGGAGAACACAGGCUGCACCCUUGUCUUCCUGCUGCUCUACUACUUUGGCAUGGCCAGCUCGUUAUGGUGGGUGGUCCUAACGCUCACCUGGUUCUUAGCGGCAGGCAAGAAAUGGGGCCACGAAGCUAUUGAGGCCCACGGUAGCUACUUCCACAUGGCUGCCUGGGGCCUGCCCGCGCUCAAGACCAUUGUCAUCCUGACGCUGCGCAAGGUGGCAGGGGAUGAGCUGACUGGGCUCUGCUACGUGGCCAGUAUGGAUGCAGCUGCACUCACAGGCUUCGUCCUGGUGCCCCUCUCCUGCUACCUGGUACUGGGCACUAGUUUCCUCCUGACUGGUUUCGUGGCCCUCUUUCACAUCCGCAAGAUCAUGAAGACCGGAGGUACCAACACUGAGAAGCUGGAGAAGCUCAUGGUCAAGAUUGGGGUCUUCUCCAUCCUCUACACGGUGCCUGCCACUUGCGUCAUUGUCUGCUAUGUUUAUGAACGUCUCAACAUUGACUUCUGGCGCCUUCGGGCCACAGAGCAGCUAUGCACAGCAGCCACCAUGCCUGGAGGUCGCAGGGACUGCUCACUGCCCGAAGGCUCAGUGCCCACUGUGGCUGUCUUUAUGCUCAAGAUCUUCAUGUCACUGGUGGUGGGCAUCACCAGUGGUGUCUGGGUGUGGAGCUCCAAGACUUUCCAGACGUGGCAGAGUCUGUGCCACCAAAAGAUGACUGCUGGCCGGGCCCGGGCCAAGGCCUGCCGGGCCCCUGGGGGCUAUGGCCAUGGCACACACUGCCACUAUAAGGCCCCCACUGUGGUCUUGCAUAUGACUAAGACAGACCCCUCUCUGGAGAACCCCACACACCUCUAGCAGUGACACAGGGCUGGCUUGGGGUGUCUGCUGUGCCCUCCUUGCUGUCCCUGCCCCUCCCCCCAGAGACAGCUGACUAGCAGCUGCCCAGCUGUCGAGGUCAGACAAGUGAGUACAAGGGGGCUGAGGACCAGGGCGGGGACCCAGCAAGGCUCAUGCUCUGUCCCAGCGCAUUCAGGGGAUGGGCCUGGCUGAGUCCCCACAGGGUCCUAGGAGGGGGUGUGGAAAGGAGGGGCAGAAGGGGUCAUGGUCCAGCAGGAGUUUAUUUAAUGAUGUAAUUUAUUGUUGUGUUUCUCUGGAAGCUGUGACUGGAAUAAACCCCUGUGUGGCA